UUUUAACAAGUUCGCUCCCACCAAAGUUGCUCAGCCGUUCCCGACCAAAACCCUAGCCUUCUAGGGAUUCCACCGCUCCCUCCCCCGCCGCCGCGGCCAUGGUGAAGCCCGGUCGAGCCCGGCCGGCCGCUCCGUCGGGGUCAGCGUCGCCCUCUUCCUCUUCGCCCUCGCGCUCGACCUCCGGUUCGUACUCCCGGUCGCGGUCUCGCUCACGAUCCAGGUCCUUGUCCUACUCCUCCUCCUCUCCCUCCCGAAGCGUGAGCUCUCGGAGCCGAUCACCUCCGCCACAGAGAAGAAGUCCAAGUGGAGCUGGUAGAAGAGGUCGUUCGCCAUCACCACUGCCUAAAAGAGCUUCACCCCCAAGGAAAGCAUCUCCAGUAUCUGAGUCUGUGGUUCUUCACAUUAAUCAUCUGUCAAGGAAUGUCAGUGAAGCUCAUCUAAAAGAAAUAUUCAGUAAUUUUGGUGAAAUAGUCAAUGUGGAGCUGACAAUGGACCGGAUUGUUAAUCUUCCUCGGGGUUAUGGCUAUGUUGAGUUCAGGAAGAGGUCUGAUGCUGAGAAGGCUCUUCUUUACAUGGAUGGUGGUCAAAUUGAUGGAAAUGUUAUCCGAGUAAAAUUUACUCUAGCGCAACGGCAAAAAGCAUCUCCCCCUGCAAAGGCAAUUCCUCGUGCUCCAAAAAGAGAAGCUCCUCAAAGAGAUAAAGUUGGUGCCAGUGCUGAAAAGGAUGCUCAACAGUGGCCUAGGGAGUCUUCUCCACGUCGGAAACCACUGUCACCUCCGCGAAGACGCUCUCCUCCAGCAAAUCGAAGAGUUGAUUCACCUAGGCAUCGACCUGAUUCACCUCCUCGUCGUCGUGUAGAUUCGCCUAUGCGUCACCGAGCAGAUUCUUCUCCUUACCAACGUGGAACCCCACCUUGGAGGAGAGCAGCAUCUCCUCCUAGAAGACGUUCUCCUUCUCCUCCUCCAAGGAGGCAUAGAUCACCUGCACGGUUCUCUCCACGAAGGAGUCGUGGUGGUCUAGUCCACAAGCGUUCCCCAAUUCCUCCUAGGCGGCGAUCACCUCCAAGACGACCAAGGAGCCCUCCAAGAAGGUCACCUCCUCCUCGCCAUCGUAGCCGUUCACCUGUUCGAAGGCCUGUUCGUUCCCAUUCUAGAUCGGUCUCUCCUCGCAGACGCAGGGGUCGGGCACCACCUCAAAGGCGUGGAAGGUCAGACUCAUCAUAUUCUGAAUCACCCAGUCCUCGUAAGGGAGCUCGAAAGAUAUCAAGAAGUCGCAGUCCUAGAAGGCCUGCUAGAGGGAGAAGUGCCAGCAUCAGCCGCAGCAAAUGCUCCCCUUCCCCUCGGCCUAAUUAGCAUUUUUCAGGUUGUAAGGGCAUGCAGGUAUCUCUCUCCCCCUCUUUCAAUCCCAAAGGAAAGCCCGGUUGCAUCCCCUCCCCUCCACCUCUUUUCUGGUUUUGCUAUAUGCCCAGAAGUACAAAGCGCAAAGUUCAAACAUGAUGCAAGGCGAUGUCAAGGAAUAUGCAAGUAUUGAGAGACAAGGUCCAAGAAAUCAGAAAGAUGUCCAGUUUUCUUUUCUAGAUAUUUGGUGGAGAGAAUUCCUUGGUUCAGUUUCUUCCUUCAAACUGUGUUUAACGUUCUUUAAGCUGCUUUUUGAAAAUUGUACUAAAAAUUCUGUAUCAGAGAGAAAUUCCAUCUGUACUAGAACUGGCUUGAUGAUGUUCAGACAUCAGUUCUGAUAUCCAACUUAUUUUCCUGCAACUGUUGUUGCGACUUUGGCA